AUGUCUACUACGGCUACGGCUACGUCUACUCCUAGUAAUUUCGUUAAUAUUUUAUUUUUUGAUAUCCACAACUUUCUCAAUGCCACUCUCGCCGGGGUGUGCUUCACCGAGUGUGAAUUCGAUAAGUGGAUUAUCGCAAGGCCGACGUUUACAUCCCUCAUAUACGUAAUUCUUAUCAUUCUCUAUUUAUGUGUAGCAAUUUUCCAUUACCCCACAUACAGACGUAAAAGAAACCGUACACGUCGCAAUGCUAGAACUAUGCCGUCAACCCAUACUUCUCAGAAUCCAUUAGCAUACGUUAUAGUAUUUCCAUUCGCUCUGAUAUACGUAUCGCUGAGAAUUGCGUGGGAGAUUUACCAACAAUGUGUAUUCUAUUCACUGGACAUGUUGGAAUUUGUUAUCAAAUCAGUUCCCCGUGGACUUAAAGUGCUCUGGCGAAAUUGUUUGAGUAUUGUAAUAAAAACCAUCGCACGUGGCACCUGGUAUAUCAUCCGAUCAAUUGUGAGAACGGGUUGGAAAUUAUUGAAAUUCGGAUACGACGCCACUCGCAAAACGUGUGCAUAUUCAUGGAACACAUUUAAAAGAUCCAGCGUGUUUGUUUGGAAAAACGGCGGACAGCGAUUGCUUUUUUCUAUAUUUAUUAAUCCAAUAAAGUGGGCCAUCAGGCGUGGAAUAUAUCUGUCUCGCAUAGUAUGCCAUGUUGCAUGCUUUCUCAUACGCGAUAUGUUGGAAGAUGCACGCGAUCUAAUUCUCUUGGGCUGUGAUUCAUCUCGAUGGAUUUGGAAUUACACAAUCGUUCCAACCGGCAAUGCCGUUUAUCAUGCAAUCGUCUAUUCCCGGAAAAUUGUGUACAAGCGUAUGGUUAUUGCUGGAACAAGUGAACUUACUUGGAUUGUGAGCGAAGCAUUGAGGGACCCAAUUGUUAGAUAUGUUAUUGAGACUGGAUAUGGUACAAUUAGGAGAGUGAAAGUUUUUUUGAGCUCUAUGGCGAUUUUCAUGAAACAACGCGCGACUCAAGGCCUAUACUUUAUGAAACAGCUCUUAUCUCAAGCCCUAUACUUCGCCCUAUACUUUAUGAAGCAAGUCUUGUUGCAAACUUUAUAUUUUCUGAAACAACACGGGCCUCAAGGCCUAUACUCUUUGAAACAACACACCUCUCAAGCCGUAUACACCGCGGUCUCUUCUCUUUGUGAAUUAUUUGUGGCUGGUUUAUGGUCAUAUAACAAUAUUUUGGUUCCUCUAAUACAAAUUAUUCCGGCAACUUUGGACUUGAUGCUACAAUUCGCCUAUACGCUGUAUGUGGCAUUACAGACUCUUUUGGAAUGGGUUUAUCUGGGAUUAGUUAGACCAUGCUCAUCAGCAUUAUUUACAUUGGCACAGUUUGCUAGUGAGUUAUAUGGUAUAUGUGAGACUGUUGUGGUAGGUAGUGUGGCCGCUGUAACCGGGGCGGUUGAUAAUACAGUUGUUGCUGUCGGUGACGCUAUGAUGGAGUGGGUUAAGAAGGAACAGGAAUUGAGAGAAGCAAUACGAGGGAGGUAA